AAAAAAAAAAAAAGCGAGAGGCUCCAGCCUAAGGCUGGAGAGGAUAACAGCGGUCCCUGAGUAGUCGUCCCCGCUGCAGCCACAGCCUGGGCGCCUUCCCACGCCUGCUCCACCGGGACCCCCGGGCGCACCACGCACGCACGCACCCACCCGCCCUCCUCCCUGGGACGGCCGUUCCUCCCUUUUUCCUCGCUGGUUGGCCGCGGCGCCGCAGGGCGCGGCGGCGGCAGGAGGAGCCGGGCGCGCUCGCCACGCACGGCCACCGAGCUAGCACGGGCUGCAGGCGCGGCGCGCGAGCUCAGGUGGCGGCGGAGGCGGCGACGGCGGCGGCGGCAGCGGCCAACGCACACCCUCUCCCCAGCGCGCCCGCAUCCCUCCUGCACUGAGCCGCGGAGCCACCGGCGGUCCCCGGGCUCACCCGGCCGAGCCCCACGCACAGGAGCAGCCGCCUCUGCUGUGGUUCCGAGCCCGGGCGCCAGCCAUGGGGAAGCCGGCGAAGAAGGGACGCGACUGGAAGCGCUUCCUGAGGAAUAAUUGGCUGCUACUCUCCACCGUGGCUGCGGUGGUGCUAGGGAUUGCCAUAGGCGUUUUGGUUCGAGAAUACAGCAAGCUCUCUAACCUGGAGAAAUUCUACUUUUCCUUUCCUGGAGAAAUUCUAAUGAGAAUGCUGAAACUCAUCGUUUUACCAUUAAUUAUAUCCAGCAUGAUUACAGGUGUUGCUGCACUGGAUUCCAACAUAUCUGGAAAAAUUGGUCUACGUGCUGUCGUAUAUUAUUUCUGUACCACUGUCAUUGCUGUAAUUUUAGGUAUCGUGCUGGUGGUGAGCAUCAAGCCUGGUGUCACCCAGAAAGUGAAUGAAAUUGACAGGACAGGCAGCAGCCCUGAAGUCAGUUCAGUGGAUGCCAUGUUAGACCUGAUCAGGAAUAUGUUCCCUGAGAACCUUGUCCAAGCCUGUUUUCAGCAGUACAAAACCACACGUGAAGAAGUGAAACGUCCCGAUGAGCCAGGGACAAACAGGACGGAGGCGUCUGUCACAGCCAUCAUGACAACUGCUAUUUCCAAGAACAAAACAAAGGAAUACAAAGUCAUAGGCAUGUAUUCAGACGGCAUAAAUGUCCUGGGCUUGAUUGUCUUUUGCCUCGUCUUUGGAAUUGUCAUUGGAAAAAUGGGAGAAAGGGGACAGAUUCUGGUGGAUUUCUUCAAUGCUCUGAGUGAUGCAACCAUGAAAAUCGUUCAAAUCAUUAUGUGCUACAUGCCGGUUGGUAUUUUGUUCCUGAUUGCCGGGAAGAUCAUAGAAGUUGAAGACUGGGAAAUAUUCCGCAAGCUGGGCCUUUACAUGGCCACUGUCCUGAGUGGGCUUGCAAUCCACUCCAUUGUAAUUCUCCCACUGAUAUAUUUUAUAGUUGUACGAAAGAACCCUUUCCGAUUCGCCAUGGGAAUGGCCCAGGCUCUUCUGACAGCUGUCAUGAUCUCCUCCAGUUCAGCAACACUGCCUGUCACUUUCCGCUGUGCUGAAGAGAAGAACCGGGUGGACAAGAGGAUCACUAGAUUUGUGUUACCCGUUGGUGCUACAAUCAACAUGGAUGGGACUGCACUCUAUGAAGCAGUGGCAGCUGUGUUUAUUGCACAGUUGAAUGACUUGGACUUGAGCAUUGGGCAGAUUGUCACUAUCAGUGUCACGGCCACAGCCGCCAGCAUCGGAGCUGCCGGUGUGCCCCAGGCCGGCCUGGUGACCAUGGUGAUCGUGCUGAGUGCCGUGGGCCUGCCCACUGAGGAUGUCACCCUCAUCAUCGCUGUCGACUGGCUCCUGGAUCGGUUCAGGACCAUGGUGAAUGUCCUCGGCGAUGCAUUCGGGACCGGCAUCGUGGAGAAGCUCUCUAAGAAGGAGCUGGAGCACGUGGAUGUUUCAUCUGAGGUCAACAUCGUGAACCCCUUUGCCUUGGAAUCCACGACACUAGACAAUGAAGACUUGGACGCCAAGAAGUCCUAUGUCAACGGAGGCUUUGCCGUCGACAAGUCCGACACCAUCUCAUUCACCCAGACCUCACAGUUCUAGGGCCCUGGCUUUGGAAAACUGGGAGUGGUGAAGGACCUCUCCAGGAGAGUCAUCUCUUAGCAAAUUCAAACAUUAAGUAAGGAAAAGAAAAACACUAACGGCCAACUGUACAUUUGAUUUGAUAUACAGACCUCUGGAUUAUUUUCUAUAUUUGGAUUCACAGCUUUUGCUCUCUGGGUUCUGGGAUUUGGGGGUGGGGUAAGAUGAGAGAAAAUUGAUUGAAAGGAAAGCUGUAUUAUCUGGAAUUUUUAAAUUCUAUGGGAGACAGAGUUAGGAAGUAUUUAAAGUAGUAACUGUUUUAAUUAGGUAAUAUCAAUAGAUGUGAAAGAGAAACUGCUUUCUCAUGCAAAGACCAGUGUUUUGGGUUUUUUAAAAAAAUAUUGUCAUUACUCAGGCUUUCUAUUGCCAUGGAUUUCCUUUGACCUCUCACAUUUUUAUAAAUUAUAAUGCAUCUAAACACCACCCCCUCCUCAAGUUAAUGUGCCAAAUUGUCCAUUUUGAACUCAUCUCCAGCCAAUUUCAAAGAAACUACUCUGAAAGAAAACAGACCAGCACAGUUCUGCAGUAAUAGUUUUAAGAUGUAUGUGAGGUCUGGGGAGAAGAGAGAAGGGUUCUUUUUUUCAAUGUACUGUAUUGGGACACUGGUAACUAUUAACCCAGUGUUCAGUAUAGAGCUAGAUAUAUAUAGAUAUAUAUAUAUAUAUAAAUAUGUAUAUAUUUAUUAUUUUCAUAUAGUUUGCCAGACAGAGAUCACAAUUGAACUGUCAAUGUGAAAUACAGAGCUCUCCUUGUACUUGAAUAAUAACUACGAUUUCAAUCCAGAUCUGCUUUGGGGCUUAAUCAGAACCCCUCUCUCAUAAGCACAAGAAUGAGAAAUCAUAUUGUUUGAUUGUUUCACAUCUGUGUAUCAGCCCCAAAGCAGAGAUGUUAUUCUGGUGAUACUCUGAGGUGGCACGGCCCACUCAUUUACAACUUCCAGAUUCUACUGCUGGGAGGGAAUCCAUAUCAGCUCUAUAUAAGACUAUAUACAAAGUUGUCACUCAUAUAAGACUGGAUGUGUUUUUAUCCAACUGGAUGUGUUUAAUGUAAUAAUUAUAUUAUCCAACUAUAAUUCUUUCAAAGUCAAUUAUACCUACUUAAAACGACAGUACUUUGCCCUUUCCUACCCACCAGGCCCAAACAACAAUGGCAAGCUACCAGCUAAGUUGUAUUUUAAUAUGGGUUUGAUGGACUGAACAAGCCACAUUGGCCAGAAAAGCACUGUCCCUACCCUAGAUGCUUGCAGAGUAAAUCCCACAACAUGAGACAUUGGUAUCAGUGGUUCAGGGAAAUUCUUCCAUUGUACGAAACUUGUCUCCUCCUCCAGGGAAGUUUGUUCUAACUAACUAGUAGUCUAGUAAUCUUGGCCCCUGCUCAUUAAAAUCCAUUGCCUGUCAUUCUUCUGCUCAUUUGUGAAGACAGCGUAUUGAAGUCUGUGCUUGGCUCUCAUCUUGUAAAUAAUGCUUAACAUAUACUUGUGUUUACACCGAGAUCCAAAAUAGUCCUGUUUCUGCAGUAUUGCGUAGCCAAUUUAAGCCUGUGAUUUUAUAUUUAAGAAACCAGAAACUGUGCCAAAGAUCAUGGAAUAGUAAAACAAAAUGCUCAAUAUUGACCACCUGCACCUGAAAUCUACAAGAGGAUGAUACCAAAUGGUCAUGUACACAUAAAAUAUGGACCCAUGAUUCAAUGUGAAUUUUAACAUGCAAAUAUUGUGUUGUUGUUUAGGAAGUAAAUAUAAAUACAGUUGAAUAAGUAAUUUAUCUUGGGCUGAAUGGUUCUACCCCCUUGGCAGGCUGCUCCGAUUUGAGGCACUGGAGUUGGUAGAGCCAUUCGUGAACUGCAGGUCAUCCUUAUUUUGGAGUGAGUUUGUAACCAGCCUCUUCACACGCUGUGCUGUUAACUCAUAAAAGAGAACAAUGUUCCAUUUCAGUCUCAAUAAACAUUUCCAUCAUUCUUUCUUCCCUGCCUUUUCCUUCCCUAAUCUGUUCUUUUAUCUCAUGCACUCUGAUGGGUGUGGGAAGGGAGAGACCUGUUCAGUUGAUGAUAGUCACAUGUGAAACAUCUCAUUGCCCUAGUAAUUCCAGAAACUGCAGGAGGGCACAGGUUGUAUCUUACACUCCUUAGCAUAUCUCGUCCCAUACCCCCCAGGGCACAGUACAAUACUGAGCACGUAGCAUUACUAAAAACAAACUGAUAU